AAAAUAAGUAACCGAUGCUUCUUCUUUAGCUUUACCAGAAAUGAAAACUUCAAUUUUAAUCGCUGCAGUUGCUAGCAUCGCAUCAUCAUCACCUUUGAAUCAGCGUGCAACAGCUGUUAAAGCCGGUUCAGCUACAUCUGACCAAAUACCUUGGCCUACUGAUGACGGGCUGUCUAAUGACGUCUACAAAUAUGAACAAGGUCAUAGAGGCCCUACGCCAACGGGAAUACAACCAGCAGCUAUACAGACAGCUCCAGCAGGCUACUAUCCCUAUGUAAAAGAGCCAAACGCGCCUGUUAUUAAACCAAAAGCACGAGACGCUGAAACUGUAGAAGAAUUUGAUGUCACCGGUAAAUGGGGUGUACUUACGCCGUACAGAUCUUCACCAGUUGUUCUCGAAGGGUCAUCACCGUUGGCUCCACAAGGUUGUAGCAUUGACGCUAUUAAUGUCGUUCAUAGACACGGUGCUAGAUACCCCACCACGGACGCAAACCCAGCAGUCUUCGCUGCUAAUCUCACCGAAGGUGUUUCUAAUUCAGAAUCACCGGUUGAAUUUAACGGAGAACUUGAGUUCCUUGCUGAUUGGACAUAUGGCUUGGGUGGUGACAUCCUCACACCUAUCGGAAGAACAGAAGAAAGUGACAGUGGUUCAUCAUUCCGUACGAAAUAUGGAUACCUCCUUAACAAAUUCACAAAACACAAGCCAAUCUUCAGAACCACUACACAAGAUAGAAUGUAUAAUUCAGCUAUUGAGUUCAUUAGCGGAUUCUUUGGCGUUAGUGAUUGGCAAGACAAUGCACACCUCGUACAAAUCAUCGAAGAAAAGAAGGGUGGUUUCAACAACACACUUAAUCCAAUGCAAACAUGUAAGGAGAAGGAAGUAGACAUUGGUGAUGACCUUAAGAAAGAGUGGUACAAUAUAUACCUUCAAGAUGCGCUUGCAAGAAUUAAUGAACAAGCGGUUGGAUACGAAUUUACUAUUGAUGACAUUUACGCGAUGCAGGAUACAUGUGCAUAUGAAACUGUAGCACUUGGUUACUCCUCAUUCUGUUCAUUAUUCACCAAAUCUGAAUGGGAAGCAUACGAGUAUGCAUCUGAUCUCACCAACUAUGGUAACGACUCUUUCGGUAAUCCUUUAGCAAAAGCACGCGGUUUAGGAUGGGUACAAGAGCUCCUUUAUAGGUUAUCUGGCGAUAAAUCUGCAUUAGAGAAACCAUCAACCGUUAACACUACUCUUGAUUAUGACGAACGUUUCCUUCCUCUCGAUCAAGCAAUCAAUAUCGAUUUCAGUCAUGAUGUUGUCAUCGCUAACAUUCUCACUGCUUUGAAUCUCACUCAAUUUGCUACACCCCUCAAAUCAGAUGCUAUUGCACCAUAUUCCAAGGAUAAUCUCAGAUGGGUUACAGCUAAUAAUGUUCCAUUUGGAAGUAACGUCGUUAUUCAGUCAUUGACUUGCUCAGAUGAGGCAGAAAAGGCUGGAAAGUUCAACAGAAUUGUCAUUAAUGACGCUGUUCAUCCACUCACUGGUAUUAGUGGUUGUGAACAAGAAGAUAAAAACGGUUUCUGCGACUCUGGUGCAUUUAUCAAUGGUCUCAGACAGCUUGUCGAAGAUAUUGACUAUGAUAGCGUUUGUUAAUUCGUAUUAACAAGUGUCCCUUUCGUUUCACAUAACAACAAUCCACAUUGUACACUAAUAAAUAGAAUGGAUAAAUCAUAUGUCGUUUCA